UGAAUAUGAACAUUUUUACAAUUCAGUUAUUAUUGCUGCUGGUUAGAGAAGACAGCAUACUCAUGGCUAUGAUUACCAAUAUCCGAUUGUUACCAUUUAUUCUGUGGCUGUGCGCUACGUUUCGAAGGACAACGUGUUUCACAGACUACUCCAUCGAGUCACUCAAACUGUUGAACGAAACAUCCGUGGCUCCGUUCUGCAAUCAAACCAUUCAAUUGAAGCGCACAAGAACUACGGAUCCGAAAGUGUUUUGGGAGGGAGACCUGGUCGACGAUAUAGACAAAUACGAAAUGGAAUUUCGAAUUUCGUACAGUUCUGCGGGCAAUGAUUUGUAUCGCUUGCUACCGUAUAGGAUUUACAGGCAACCCAUAUGUGAUGUACUUAACAACGUUUACAGGCAUUCAUUAAUGGAAGAUGCUAAACAGUAUUCCAAUGCACCGUAUUCGAAGGACAAAAAUGUCGAUUUAUGCAAUCUAAUGCCAAAGGGACAUUACUACUUUAGAAACUAUUCAAUCAGUCCGUCAAUUUUUCCUACUAAAAUGAAAGAAGGUAGGUAUCGUGAGGAGCUCUACCUUUAUGAGAAAAAUAAAGAUGAAAUUGUCAGUGGUAUUUUUAGCACCCAACUUGUAACGUAAAUUCAUAUUACUUUCGUUUGUAUCUGUGCAAAAUAAAAUCAUGUUUCAGGCAAAGAUGUAAAACUGUUUAAGA